UGCGGAGCAUGGAUCCGGGCUGGGGGCGGCGAGACGUGGGCUGGGCGGCUCUGCUGCUCCUUUUCGCCGCCUCGCUGCUCACCGUGGCCGGCUGGCUGCUGCAGUACGCCCGAGGUGUAUGGCUGGGGCGAGCGCGCCGGGGCCGGGGGCUGGGGCUCGGGGUGGCAGAACCGGGGACGUCGCUACGAGAGCUGGGCGUGUGGCGCUCCCUGUUGCGCCUACGGUCCAGCCGGGCAGGCGUCCCGGAGGAGCCAGGUGUCCGGGGCCUCCUGGCUUCACUCUUCGCCUUCAAAUCUUUCCGGGAAAACUGGCAGCGAGCUUGGGUGCGAGCGCUUAAUCAGCAGGCCUGCAGGGAUGGGAGCUCCAUCCAGAUCACUUUCGAAGAGAUACCCCAACUCCCACCUAAUGCUACUGUCAGUCACGUGACCUGUGUGGACCAGUCAGAGCACAGCAUGGUCCUUCAUUGCCAGCUCUGUGCUGAGGACGUUCAGUUCCCAGUGUCGGUGACCCAGCAGUCCCCAGCUGCUGUCUCCAUGGAGACCUACCACGUCACCCUGACACUUCUUCCAGCACAGUUGGAGGUCAACCUGGAAGAAAUAGCCAAUGAGGGGCUGCUGGUCUCCUGGGCCUUCAAGGACCGUCCUGAGCUAAACAUGACAGUUUGUCCCAAGCUGCAGGGGAAGGAGAGAAGUGAGGAACAGGUGGAUCUGUCUACUAUUGAGGAAUUGAUUAAGGAUACCAUUGUCAGUACACAACCUGCCAUGAUGGUGAACCUCAGAGCUUGUCCAGCUCCAGGGGGCAUGGUAUCCUGUGAGAAGCCAACCACAGGGCCCCCAGUUCAACCAGCUGCCCCCAAACCCAUUCGGCUUCUGUUACGACAGUUAAGGGCAACCCAUGUAGGUGGUGAGACAGGAGGUGAGACAGGAGAUGAAACAGGAGGAAAUGGGGAUCUGUGCUGUGUGGCAGAGCUGGACAGUCCUCAGCAGCAGAAGUGGACCAAGCCAGUAAGAGCUGCCCCAGAGGUUGAGUGGAUGGAAGAACUGGCUCUGGAAAUAGGUCCCCAGAGCCGGGAGCUGACCCUGAAGGUGCUAAGGAGCAGCAAUGUUGGAGACAAUGUACUCCUGGGCCAUGCCACAUUGCCUGUGGGCUCCCCCUCCAGGCAGACCUCCAGAAGGCAGCUGUGUCCCCUGACUCCUGGGCCAGGAAAGACCUCAGGCCAAGUUGCCACUCUAGCAUUAGAGCUGUUAUAUGAAGAAGGCUCCCCUGGGAACCUGAGUAGCCCCGCUCCACCCACCCCACGACCCAGCAUCACACCCACCAAAAAGAUUGAAUUGGAUCGGACCAUUAUGCCCGACGGCACCAUUGUCACCACAGUGACUACUGUCCAGUCCCGGCCUAGAGCUGAUGGCAAGCUAGAUUCCCCCUCCCGCUCCCCAUCCAAGGUGGAGGUAACAGAGAAAACAACAACUGUGCUGAGCGAGAGCAGUGUCCCCAGCAGUGCCUCCCCCAGCAGCAGCCGGGACAGCCACCUUUCCAAUGGCCUGGACCCUGUGGCAGAAACAGCCAUCCGACAGCUGACAGAACCCAGUGGACGGUCUGCUAAGAAGACGCCCACCAAGCGUAGCACCCUCAUCAUAUCUGGUGUCUCUAAGGUUCCCAUUGCCCAAGAUGAGUUGGCAUUGUCUUUGGGCUAUGCAGCCUCUAUGGAGGCUUCAAUGCAGAGUGAGGCAGAGAGCACCGGGGAUCCCUCCUCACCUCCCUUGGAUCCUCCCGCCAUGUCCCCUGGACCCCUGGAAGCCCUGUCCAGUCCGGCGGGAACUCAGGAGACGGAUGAGACGACGCGCUCAGACAUUUCAGAACGGCCAUCUGUGGAUGAUGUGGAGUCAGAAACCGGUUCUACAGGAGCCUUGGAGACACGAAGCCUCAAGGACCACAAAGUGAGUUUCCUUCGAAGUGGGACGAAGUUGAUCUUCCGCCGUCGACAACGACAGAAGGAGGCAGGACUGAGCCAGUCACACGACGACCUUUCCAAUGCGGCUGCUGUGCCCAGUGUCCGAAAGAAGGCUGGCAGCUUCUCCCGGCGCCUCAUUAAGCGAUUUUCCUUUAAAUCCAAACCCAAGGCCAACGGCAGCCCCAGUCCCCAGCUCUGAGCGUCUCCCAACUACUACAGGACCAGGAAAGGGCUGAGAUUUCAACCCUGCCCUCCCCCUACCACACCCCCUCCCAGCCCCUAGGCAACCUGGGCUGGGGGCAGUCUUCUGGAUGCUGGGAACCCCUGUCAGCCUUGGGCUUUGGGGCCAGUUUUCUGGGUACUUACGAUGAGGGCUAAGAGUGUCUGAGAAUCGAGAAGAGGGUAGUUAAGGGCAGGGAACAUGCAGGAGGGCUCUGUCCUGGUACACAUGGGCCGCACCCAGAACUUGGUGCCUACUGAUAUUGUCCCCUCAUAGAAGUCCCAGGAUGCCCAGCCCCGCAAAGUUUCCCUCUCUCCCUUUAUUUAUUCUAUUUAUAUGUGUGGUCUCUGACCCUCAGUGGGCUGGGGAUUGAGUGAGUGGACAAAAAAGGGCCUCAUUCCAAGGUGCCCUUUCUUUCAUGCCCCAGGAUAGGGCAUUUUCCUUUGGCCUGGGGCAUCUAGGCCUCAGAUCAUCACUCAGACCAGCACCAAUGUCUGCCCUAGGGUACAUUGGCAGCUCAUAGGAAGCCGGGCCGGUGCCCGGGAUGGGGGGCAGGUACUCCCCCCCUCCCCAACACCCUCCACAUCCCUCCCUCUUUAUUACUGUUUUUGUACUUGAUGCCUUCUCCAUAGGCAGAAGGAAGGAGCCAGGGGCCAGGCGGGAACUUUCCCCAGGCCAGUAGUGGCCAUGACUGGCUUUUAUUUAAGGAAUGUGUGAUGAAGGAGGAAGCGUUAACUCUGCACCUUUGUGAAUUUCAGGAGACAAUGAUUUCCAUUGCUGUGUGAUGGCCUGGAACUUAACUUAUUGAAUUAAAAUUAAAUUGGAGUUUACAAAAA